CCACUAUACAGCGGGCCUGGACGGGCUGUGAUGCUCCAUGAUACUGAGCAUGCGCACAGCAGUCACCGUAGCCCGACUUAAAAACAGCUGGUCUGCGAGGACAGCUUCUGGAGAGAAACGUGCCGCAGAGCAUGGAGACACCGCGAGGAUUUGGAUGUACGGAUUAUAGCUGUUCGAGUGGUUUCACGGCAAUACCAAAUAAUAAAUAUGAAAGAGGAUUAGUGGCAUACAGCGCGCGAGAGAGACGGAUGAAGGGGCGGCCAGACAGUAGUCACAAACGCAAAAGCUACGAAUACUCUGACGCGAACACGACUGACGCUUACAACUGAAGAUAUAUAGACUGAAACUUAAAGGAAGGCUGCUAUUUCUGAACCAGUUCGUGGACCUAGUUGUCACUUGUUUGAUUUUUUCGUGUCACCUUAAAAAAGGUUCUGUGGAAGCUCCGCCUCCUGCUAUUAGCGAUUAGCGUUGGUGUUGAGCAGCGAGGCGAUGGCCUGCCAUUGGCUGAGCUGCGUCUGAAGAUCCAGACUGCACUUCUAGGACGAGAAGUUCAGCGAAGUCGGAUGGAAGGUCAAAGAGGAACGCCAUAGUGGACAAGAGUGGGCGGAGCCUGGGAUGAACUGACAGGGAAGGCCUCACCAGGACAUGCUGCUGUAACACCCCUUCUGACCUCAAACCCGCCCCCCCUGCUGAGCUCCUUCCGGGAGUCCGUGCGGCCGGGCCGCAGGGGAGGGGGAGGGGCAGGGGGCGGGGCCAGAGAUGGCAAAAGCCUUCUACAGGCUGCAGCGCUUCCUGCGGCGGACCCAGCUGCUCCUCCUCUUCCUGGGCGUGGCCUACAUCAUGGCGGGGAGCGUGCUCCUGCUGCAGCGCGCCAGCCUGGCCGUGUCCCAGCGGGGUGGGGGCGGGGCCGGGGGCGGGGCCGUACCGCCCGUCCCCUCCCUGCCGGUGCCACCCCAGGCCCUGGAGCCGCCCGCCCUCAGGGGGGGGCACUCGCACCGAGGCCCCGGGGCAAGGCGCGGCGGGGGGGCCGCAGAUGAGGGAAGCAGCCCCCGCUGGCUGGUGUCCCGGAACCUGGAGAUCCGGCAGCUACGCCGGCGCUGGUUCCACAGCCUGAUGAGCGAGCAGGACGGGCCAAGAGCCGAGCGGGUCCAGCCCCGCAGGAAGGUCCGACACAAAGGGACGUACGUCGGCUGUUUCCUGGACGACUCCAAGGACCGGGCUUUGAAAGGCAGCGUGUUCUACGACUUCCGAAAAAUGACCAGCACUCUGUGCCAGGACACCUGCUCGGAAAGCGGGUACCAGUUUGCCGGGCUGGAGUUCGGGUCGGAGUGUUACUGCGGCAACCACAUGCCGCAGAGCCGCACCCGGGAGGAGGAGUGCAACCUGGACUGCAGGGGGGAGAAGGGCGCCGCCUGUGGCGGGGUGGGGCGCCUCUCCGUCUACAAGGUGGAGGAGCAGCCGGCGGGGCACAAGAGAUACAGGAACGCCCGUUACCGUGGCUGCUUCAGGAGGCCGGCCAACGUCUCCGCGGCCUUCCUGUUCCACGCCGCCCAGGCCAACCUGACGUCUCAGUCCUGCGUGGCCGUCUGCACGGACAAGGAGCUCCCGCUGGCCGCUCUCCGCAGGCCGGACUGCUUCUGCGGCUACGCCUCGCCCCAGUUCAGCCUCCACCAAUCGGACGGCGAGUCCCGCUGCGCCACGGCUAACGGCAGCGGCCCCACGCCCCCCAGCGACCGGGAGUUCUACCAGGUGUACCAGACACCUGUGCAAGACUCCAGGUGCAUGGACAGGAAAUUCCUUCCGGAGAAAUCCAGCCAGUUGGUGGCGCUGUCCAGCUUCCCCGGGGCGGGCAACACCUGGGUGCGUCACCUGGUGGAGCUGGCGACCGGCUACUACACCGGAAGCUUCUACUUCGACGGCUCGCUCUACAACAAAGGGUUCAAAGGGGAGAAGGACUACUGGAAGAGCGGGCGGACGAUCUGCGUGAAGACGCACGAGAGCGGCCGGCACGAGAUCGAGAUGUACGACGCCGCCAUCCUGCUGAUCCGCAACCCGUACCGCUGCCUGAUGGCCGAGUUCAACCGCAAGUGCGCCGGGCACCUGGGAUACGCCUCCGAGCAGCACUGGAGGAGCAAAGAAUGGCCGGAGUUCGUGGGCAGCUACGCCUCCUGGUGGGCCUCGCACGUCCUGGACUGGCUGCGGUUCGGCCGCCGGGUGCUGGUGGUGCACUACGAGGAGCUGCAGGGGGCGCUGUUCCCCACGCUGCGCGCCAUCACGUCCUUCCUGAGCGCCGGCGCCAGCGAGGAGCGGCUGCUCUGCGCCGAGAGCAACCAGGACGGGCACUUCAAGCGCCCGGGGGCGCGCCAGCGCGGCUUCGACCCCUUCACCCCCGAGAUGAGGCGGCUCAUCGACGGGCACAUUCUGGAGGUGGACCGCGCCCUCCGGGAGCGCAACCACACCGGCCUGCCCUCGGAGUACCUGCCCAGAUGAUGAGCGGUGGCUCACCCCCCUCGGGCACAGGACCCUCCCACAGGACCUGGCCCCGCCUCCCACAGGAUCUGGCCCCGCCUCCCACAGGAC